GUUUGAGUAUUUUUUUCAUAAAAAUGAAAAAACGGGAUAAAUUUGUUAAUUUCAUGAUUAGUCAUUAAUAAAGAUUUCUUUAUUAGUCAUUAAUUAUGUAUAUAAUAUUUCCUGUGCACAAUAAGGAAAGGAGAAGAAUCUCAUGAUUUGCAUGAAGAAAUUGUUGAGGGAUUGAAAAAUACUCUUGAUGAGCAUAAUGUGCUGGUGAAAUCAUUUAGAAUGGCCGCAAAGAAAAUCCAUGAAGAAGGAUGUGUUGAGUUUAAGUUGAAGCUCAUAGGAAAGAGAGCAAAGGAUGGGAGAACCUACAAUCUACCUUCGGUAUCAGAGGUUGCAGCUUUGGUUGUGGGCGAUUUUGAUUUGUCAUUGGGACAAAGAGAUAUUUUGGUCGAGACUUGCACUGGGAGGUUGCAGCGGAUUAAUGAAUUACACCCUUCAUAUCUAGCGCUCCAAUAUCCACUUUUAUUUCCAUAUGGGGAAGAUGGAUUUAGAGAAGACAUACCUUUGUGUAAUAGAAAAUCAAAUUAAGCCCGAGGGAGAAAAGUGAUGAGCAUCAGAGAGUUCCUUGCAUAUCGGUUGCAUGAAAGAAAUACAGAAAUAUCCAUUAUAUUGCGUGCUAAGAAGUUAUUUCAGCAAUAUGUUGUUGAUGGUUACACUCUGAUUGAAUCGAGCAGGUUAAGAUAUAUUCGCAAUAAUCAAAAGCAGUUAAGGUGUGAAAUGUUUAAGGGAUUGAAUGAUGCUUUAUUGCGUGGUGACACAAAUCCUGCCACACAGGGGAAGCGCAUUAUACUCCCAUCUACAUUUGUUGGCGGAGCCAGAUAUAUGAUUCAAAACUAUCAAGAUGCAAUGGCCAUAUGUAGAUGGAUGGGAUAUCCAGAUUUAUUUAUAACUUUCACGUGUAAUUCAAAAUGGCCAGAAAUAAAACGCUACCUUGAUGAACGGAGUCUCAAGCCGGAGGAUCGACCCGAUAUUAUUUGCCGAGUUUUUAAGAUGAAGUUGGAUGGUUUGAUCAAUGAUUUCCGUCGCAACAAGAUAUUUGGCACUGUAAGAGCAGUUAUAUACACUAUUGAGUUCCAAAAGCGUGGAUUGCCACAUGCCCACAUAUUGUUGUUUCUAGAUAAAAGUGAAGACCUGGCAACAACAGAUCACAUUGAUAGGAUCAUUUCAGCUGAAAUUCCUUGCGAAGAGAGCGAUCCGGAAUAUUUUAAUGCUGUGAAGGAGUUUAUGAUGCAUGGGCCGUGCGGAGAUUUGAGAAAGAAGUCUCCUUGCAUGGUAGAUGGUAGAUGCUCGAAACAUUUUCCGAAAAGAUUCGUGGAUCACACCACUUUGGAUGAAGAUGGGUAUCCAGUGUAUAGAAGAAGAUUUGAUGGGAGAAGCAUUUCAAAAAAUGGAGUGGAGUUGGAUAACAGAUAUGUGGUGCCUCAUAAUAGAUAUUUAUUGCUAAAAUAUGCAGCACACAUGAAUGUGGAGUGGUGCAAUCAGUCUAGAUCUAUUAAAUAUUUAUUCAAAUAUGUGAAUAAAGGAAAUGAUAGAAUCACUGCAACAUUCUACCAAAGUGCGAAUGGAGAACAUGCAGAGAAUAAUGUGGAUGAAGUGAAAAUGUAUUAUGAUUGCAGAUACAUUUCGUCAUGUGAGGCUGCAUGGAGAACUUUAGGAUUUGAAAUUCAGUACAGAAGUGUUGGGGUGGAGAGAUUGAGUUUUCACUUGCCUAAUGAACAAGUUGUUUAUUUUAACGACUUAGAGCCCAUAAAUGAAGUUCUUGAGAAGCCGAGUGUGAAGGAAAGCAUGUUUCUUGCUUGGUUCAAAGCAAAUGAGAUAUAUCCUGAAGCAAGAAACUUGACUUAUGCUGAAAUGCCAAUUAGAUUUGUAUGGAAUCAAUCUACUAGAGAGUGGGUGCCGAGGAAGAGAAAUUUCGCUAUUGGAAGGCUAUUUUAUGUGCCACCAGCUUGCGGUGAAUUGUUCUAUCUUAGAUGUCUUUUGAAUGUUGUUCGUGGACCAACAUGUUUUGAAGAUAUAAAGAAAGUUGAUGGUGUCCAAUAUGACACAUUUCGUGAUGCUUGCUAUGCUCUAGGUC